AUGGUGAGAGAUGCGAACGCCGAGCAAGUCCUCUCCGGAGAAGCGUCGAGUAGCCACCUGAAAAGGCAACGACUUGCAGAAGAAGCCGAAAGCGGCGAGAAUGUUGGAGAAGUAACGGCGACAGUAGCUGGUGACGAUGAGGUUACAACAUCGGAGGUACGAUCAGGGACGCUGUUGGAUCUGGAUCUUCUCGACUGUCCUGUUUGUUGCCACGCACUGACUAAUCCUAUCUUUCAGUGUGACAAUGGACAUAUAGCUUGCUCUGUUUGUUGUAUCAAUCUGAGGAACAAAUGCCCUUCCUGCACUUUGCCCACUGGUAUCCACCGCUGCAGAAUAAUGGAGAGAAUUGUGGAAGCAAUCAUGGUCCCAUGCCCUAACGCAAAACAUGGCUGCACCGACAAGUUCUCUUACGGCAAAGAGUUGGCACAUGAGAAGGGAUGCAGUUUCUCUCUAUGCCACUGUCCUGCACAAGACUGCAACUACGCUGGUCUCUGCAAUGAUCUCUACCGUCACUACCAUGCUAACCACCGUGGCUAUUGUGAAACUUUCACUUGUGGGUUUAACGGGGAUGCAUGGAUGCACAUCAGUGAUAAGAUUUUAGUUCUUCGGGUAGGUAGAGAAGGUCCAUUGGUUGCGAUUCAGUGUUUCGAGGAGGAACAAGGAGUGUAUGUGACUGUGAACUGUAUAGCACCUUGUGCUUCUGGAAUUUCAGAGUUCUCCUAUCAACUCUCUUACUCGUACCGAGGUAAAUCCAUGUCGUUUGGAUUGGGUGAGAUGAAUAGGAUUCAGAAAGUGAGCUUCCAAACUCCUGAGAAGGACUUCAUGUGUGUUCCUCACUAUUUCUUGGAUGGGCGGGAAAGUUUGAAGAUGAAAAUUUGCAUCCGCAGUUUCUUUGAUCUCUCUGUGGUCUUUGGUCAGUUUCUUGUCCGUGAGCGGAAUGUUGAGAAGAUUAACUUUGGAAAGUAG